UUAAAGUUUAUGAGAAAUUAUUUUCACGUGUAGUAAGCUAAAAUCUUGAACAGAGAAUCAUUUUACGUAUUCUCCUUGUUAUGAGGAUCCUCUUAAUGUUAGUUACAAACAUCAGUUAUAUUUAUGUAAGUAUAUAUCGCGGGUAGAGGAGUUUUAUUAUGCUGUGUUAACUUUGCCUAGAUUCCUGAUAAUACUCAUAGUUCAACAUUUGUGCGAUACAAUCCAUCAUUCAUGUUUUGGUUCUAUUAGUUUACAGUUAGUGAAAGUAAAUAUAUCGAAAAUAUAUGAAAUGUCGACCAUUAAUCGCUGAAUUUCUUUAUUCAUAUUAAUAGCUACACGCCAGUUGGUCGAUCUUUUUUUCAAAAUCCUGAUGGAUAUGAAAAUCCUCUCGGUGGUGGUCGAGAAGUAUGGUUUGGUUUUCAUCAGAGUGUUCGACCUUCUCAAUGGCGUAUGAUGCUAAAUAUCGAUGUUCACCUACGAUAAAAAUAAAGUUACAGAAAAAUUGGGUCAAAUCCAGCUGUUUUCAAAUAUAGUAAUAUUUUGAUGAUUAUUAUCAUUAAUAUUGUUUCUUCUCUGUGAACUGGAUAAAAUUUACUGCAUCGUUUUUUCCCUCCUAAAUUGUAGUAUCUGCGACUGCAUUCUACAAAGCACAAUCUGUUAUUGAUUUUAUGUGCGAAGUAUUAGAUAUAUCGGAUAAGAAUGAACAACGUCGACCAUUAACUGAUAGUCAGCGAGUGAAAUUUACGAAAGAAAUUAAAGAAUUCCCGGCACAAAGUAUUUCAACAAGUUUCCUUUUCUUAUUUCUUGAUCAACCCUUGCGAUAAAUAUUGACUGGUCGCCAGUUAGAUGUUAGCAGUUCAGGAAUCGACAUCUGAUUAAUGUAUAUUGCCAGCAACCUCGAUGUCUCUGAUUGGGCUCUUUUGUAACUUGUACAGCGAAGUGUCGUAAACCUUUCACAAACGCACUUGAAUAGGUUACGCGACAAACAGGAAAACGGAUAACUUGUUGAAAUAUCCAGAUAGCAGGGACAGGUAGCCCAAAUAUUCAAGCAGGCCACCUUGGUACGAAUUGGCGGUCCUCAGAAUAUGUGAAACACAUUGGACUCAAGCUGUAUAGAAAAGAUAAACUUCGGGAGGGAUGUUUUUGUACUCUGAUCGUGAAGGAAUUGCUUUGCAUACAAGGAACUGCACUGAUGCUGUCCAAAGAAGCACGAAAAGCACCUAUAGGAUAGAAAUCUCGUGAAUCCAGAAUCUUCAAAGCAUCCUUCUAAAUAAAGAAGGAAGAGAUUAAAAUGAAUAGUUAUGAGAAUCCAGAACUUCAGGUGAGACAAAGAAUGGAUGCACCUGCGCCAUUGCAAACGAUUUUAAGCCAUGUCAUUCAAAGUCUCUAACCAUUGGUUACGAUAAUCACGCAGAAUGUGUAGCAUAACCAAACCAACUUAAAGGUUGAAGGUUUCUGUCCUCUUCAACCAGUUUAUCAUUUCUAUUUGAGCUUCAGUAUGGUAUUCAUGUUCCAUGAAGACUAUUUUAAUCCUAAAGCCUAAAUUCUAACCAUAAUCUUAAGUGUCUAAUGUUGAUUUUGUUAUUAAGACUGAUCAUCUACAUCUGGUAGGCAACAUAUUGUUCUAAUAAUAUAUUCCAUGACUUUGAUAAACCUUAUUAUUUUCUGAUUAGGUCGCCCUUAUUCUUUAUAUUUACUCCUUAACAGUGCUCACUUAAUGGUUUCAUUGUAAAGUGGUAAUGCUUCGAAGACACAUGUAAUCAAAUUUUAACAAACUAGAUGUUUUACAACUAUAUGGUAAUAUAGAGCAGAUCAGUGUUCAGUAUACUCAUCUCUUGAUAGAUAGACGAACUACUCAUUUAUGCCUUAGACGGCUUAGACAAAUUGACCAAAUGUAGAAAUCAUUUUUGUAUUCGUGUUCGGUUUUGUAUAAUUUUGUUUAAAAAUAACAAGGAAUCGUUGAUAUUUGGUACUCCUACCUGACUAUUACCCAGAAUACACUUCACAAAUUAGGUUAAAAUUUGCCAUCUAACUAUUGAGAACCCACAUGAAUCGAAUAUGUAAUCAUAUAGAUAAAAAUGAAAGGCAAAUUAGCUAUAAACAAUUUCAAGUGUAUACUAUUUCCAGUAUUCAUAGAAUUGUAUAAUUCAAUUUCUCGUAAUUUUUUUCCUUCAUAUUAAGGUUUAAAAGUUGAGAUCACUCAUUGUGGUACAAUGCGACGUAAAUAUCGUGUGUGUAAUGUGACACGACGACCUUCUCAAACUCAAUCAUUCCCCUUACAAUUAGACACUGGUGCUACAGUUGAAUGUACUGUUGCUAAAUACUUUCAAGAACGUUAUAAUAUACGCCUAGAGUGAGGAUUAUUAUUAUUUAAUUGAUAUUUUUAUUAGAUUGUAUUGCAUUUGUAACUACAUGUUAUUUUCCAGUGCUUGAAUGUUUGUUCGUUGUUUGUCUACUGGUUUCAGUUACAGAUAUUUUUUUUUAAAGCUGUUACAACCAACUAUGAGUUUAACACAACUUAUUCUAACUGCUAGAUAUUUAGAAAGUUGCUUCUCAGCAUCUUUAUGCUGGGGGGAUAUCCAAAGUAUUUCUCAAAAAUGUCCAGAGGGGCCAUGCAAACACUGGAAAACAUUUUAUCCACUCAGCGUUUAACCGGAAUUUCUCAGAAACAUUUGGAAAGUGAAGGGCCACGUUUCUGAUUGAAUGGUUAUUUAUCCUGCUACUAUAUUUAAUAGGGUUCCAAAACCUUCAAUUUUCUUGUACAUAAACUAACCUCGGAGUAAAGCGUUCUUUUCACGCUUCAUUCCUUUUCUCUUGUGUUCAGGUUGUGUAGAAGAGCUUAGGAAACCGAUUCAAGCGUUCAGACAGAUUUAUCACUUCAUCAACAAGGGAUAAUUAUAAAUUCAAAAUAAUAUAUCGAUUUUCAAUGUGGAAUAAUUCUUCGACAUGUAAUAUAGAAUUAAAUCGGUUUUAUAAAGAGAAGUUGCAUGAAUGAUGGUCGUCCGAUAUAAUGGGAUAAUGACAAAUCUUCAGUUCUUAUAUUGUUAAGAACUGUAAAAUUGCAAGAUUACGACUUUAAACACUGAAUAUUAGGAUCUACAAAUUAGUUUAUAAACCCUCUGCUGUCAGUUGAUGGCAAUCAUUGAUCUGUAAACAAUUUAUUCCUAUUUCACAUCUUAAAUUCGAGAAAUUUGUUACUAAGGUGGUUUUUUUAAAAAAAAAAUCGGUUUCUUCCAAAAUUUCCGGAUUCCCUUUCAUCAUCAUUGCGAUGUUCUAACUCUAUGCUUGUAUUCACAGUAACUUAUUUCGUGAAGUUUUACUGAUUAUUGGCGCAAAAAUUUCCUCAUGCUUCCCACUGUAAUCAUUAUCGGUUAAGUAGUUAACAAGACGGUCAGACGUAUAUUUCCCCUUCAUUCUUUUGGUUAUCUGCUAGUAGUUGAGACUAAAAGUAAAUCAGUGUUAGGCGAUAUCAGUUUUUCUAAAUGGGACUCAAUAAUCAAAAAUAUCUCUGGUUCACUUAGCUUUAAACCACAUAUUUGUUUGAUUGUUAGUUAUAAUUCAACUAUCUAAAUCAAACCAGGUAGGACAAAGUUUGAGCUUGGUAUUUAAUGACUGUAAGUUAAUUGGUUCAACCAAUAAGUUACCACUCACAGUUACAUAUUACUGUUUGGAGCAUUGACUUAAUAGUGAAAACAUUGACCAUUCAACAAAUGGAUUGAAAGGCUAAACGCCGCAUCUACAUUUUGGUCUGGAUAAUCUAAUAGUAAGAUUACCUUCCACGCAGUUAGUUCAGUUCAAAACGGAGUACAAAAAUCCUGUAUUUCGUAAGUAAGUUAUAUCACAUGUCAAUGUGUCACUACAUAUUAUUAACUUCUUAUUACUUUGUUUUACUACUUGUAAGGUAAUUUCGUUUUCUCAAUUUCCUUCUGAAAUUUAUAGCUACCCUCAUUUGCCAUGUCUUCAAGUUGGUCAGGAACAAAAGCACACGUAUUUACCAUUAGAGGUUUGUAACAUGGUAGCAGGUCAGAGAUGUAUUAAAAAGCUAACUGAUAUGCAGACAUCUACUAUGAUUAAGGCUACAGCUCGUUCAGCCCCCGAUCGUGAAAAAGAAAUCAAUAAUCUUGUAAGCCUAUUCAAUUCUAACUAUUCUUUUUUUGUUCGUUAUUCUUUAUCCCCAGGGUUUGUCUUUUUUUAAAUAAGGAAAAUGUAAUUAUCCAUUUGUAGGUAUCCAUUUGUUCACACGAAUAUACGCAGCUAUUUAUAUUUGGUAUUUUGGCAAAUUGAUGAAGUACAAUUUGUUAUUAUUUCUGUUAAAUUAGUGAAUACAUAUUAUCGUUUGUUUUCCAAUUUAGUUUACGUACACUUAAUUUUCAUUUACCUGCUGUAUAGGAUUGAGGCAAUCUAUUGUCUGUUUUGCUUUACCCAACAUGUCAUGUUCAAACCAACAUGCAGACCUAAUCUAUGAAGUUAUCAAGUGAAUAGUAAUGAAUCCCUGUAAAAAAAUCAUUAUUUGAUUGUUGAAAAUGUUCAGUUUUAAGUUAAUUCUCUUCACUCAAAUAACUGUUGAAAAUAUCAAAAAAUUAUGAAUAACUAUUUUGUCCGUACUUUUCAACUGUGAAUCUUCUAUGAAUUGCAUUAUCUUUGUUUCUACCUAUAACGUUCAGCAAAGGAAUCAAUAGGGUUGAAGUUGUCCACAACGUUUUUAAUGUUUCAUAAAUAUAUUACAUUUAACACUUUCUGCCAUUUUCCCGUUCAUUUAAUGGGCGAGUAUGAUAUACUAGUGUGUAAUUACCAUUUUAGUCCAAGUCCUAGCUUUUGCUUUGUUUUUGUGUACUUCAUUCUGUGUUCUUGGCUAUAUGGUAAAUUUUACCAUAGACAGUUGCAUAUGACUCUAGACUCUUGAAAUGAAAUGAAUUUCCAAUACUCAGCCACAAAGUGAGUAGUAAAAUGACUUAAAUUUUUGGAUAUGACAUAAUGAACAUUGUUAACGUUGAGAACAACUUGAGCCUGGUAGAGACAGAAACAAUGUAUUGAUGCGUUAUAUUUACGUCAUACUAUAUCUCGAGGUGUUUAAAUCCUAACUAAUCGUUACCUUAAAGUAUUUUAUUCACUCGUGGAAAAUGAACUAGUUGGGUUAAGUAUUGUAACCCGAUACUUGUAUGAACUUUACAGAUAACCUUUACCAUAUGAUGCAUAAUGUCCUCAUACUACUCAUAUAUAAUAUUUAGUGUCUUGCUAUUACUCCGUGGUUCUUAGUUUUGUAUUGGUCAUGUUAAACUUGGGAUGUUUUAUACUGUCUUCUAGUUUAGGAAGUACUUUCGGCCCGUCUUUCCUUUCUCUUCUCUUUAAUCAAUUUAUUCUUUAAAUAAAAACAGGUGAAGCGAGCUAAUUUCAAUGCUGAUCCUCAUUUACAAAUGUUCGGCAUUAAUGUUAACACACGUAUGGCUGAAAUCCAAGGUCGAGUCAUUCCUGCGCCAAAGAUUCAGUAUGGUGGACGUACUAAAGCUCAAGCUUCUCCACAGCUUGGUGUAUGGGAUAUGCGAGGUAAACAAUUCUUUUCAGGCAUUGAAAUAAAAGUUUGGGCAAUCGCUUGUUUUGCACCACAGCGUAUCGUUCGUGAAGAAUCACUCAGGUUGGUUAUUGAUUUGUAUCACCUAAAAAUAAUUCAUAUACAUAAAUAUGUAUUCAUUAUUUGAUGAUAUAUUAAGUAAAUAUUCCCUGACAAGACUGUCUUCAUUAAAUCUUGUGUAACUUAUCAAAGCGACCAAUUAUCUAAUUUUUUGUAGAAUGCGUCUAACGAUUAAACACUACUGGCUUAUUUCGUUAAGCGAUGUGUAAAUCUGUAGUUUUGGUCAAUCAGUUUACGAAACUUUUUAAAGUCUAACCUAAGAUUUAUUCUAAUGAAAUUAAUAACCGCAGUGUGUUGAUUUAUUAGUCUAGAUUUUCUAUCAUCUUUGUAAUAUGAAUCUGUGAUAUUCUAUACUUAGUAUGACAGUUGUUAUUAGGUUCUACUUCUUCAGUUUUCACAAUGGUAUUGUGUACGUAUGACAGGAAUAGUUACCCCCAUAUUUAUUAAUUUUUUGCGACAAUUUAGCUUUGGUGAAUGUUGGAUUGAAAGGAUAUUCUUCUGUUAUAUAAACCAAUACACAAAUUCCUAUCUAGGCAACUACUUAAUGCUUUCCCUUUUUUGAGCGCAAUUUAUUGAUCGAUCUAACUACUGUUACUACAUCUCGUAGAAGUCAUGUAGUCUGAUUGAUGAAUUUCGGUAAACACGAUUUAUAACUAUAGAAUAAUAUAAUGGUCUAUGUGUAGGUUUGACUGCGAAUAAAAAGAUAUCGUAGUUAAGGUGUUUAACUUUUUGCCAUUAAGUUCCUGGUUUGGAUCUUCCUCUGCUUAAAUCAGUAUAAGGAAGCGGGUAGUAUUAUUAGCCUUUGCACUUAGAGUGUGGCUCAUAUCCAAGUAUCUGGUGAAUAUGCCAAUUAUUUACUAUAAUACUUGUAAAUACAAUUACACUCUUUUCACUAAUGACCUUUUUUCAAGGUAUUUGAUUAUUCAGCUGAUUUUUGCCUUGUUCCAUUUUGUUUUCUUACACUUUGUAUGCUUAGACUAUUUACUCUACAACUUCAGAAAAUUUCCAAUGAUGCUGGUAUGCCUAUUUUAGGACAACCUUGUUUUUGUAAAUAUGCUACUGGUCAAGAUCAAGUUGAACCAAUGUUUCGAUAUUUAAAAAAUACUCAUGCUGGUUUACAGUUGAUUGUAGUUGUUCUUCCUGGGAAAACCCCUGUUUACGGUUCGUUUUUUCUCUCGUUUUAAUUCACUUUUAAAUUAAUUACUCUUAUGUUACUUAUUUUUACUGGCUAAGUAAUAUUGAAUGUUUUGUAGAAAAAGAAAUGCAAUUGUAAAAAGUAAAAUAAAAGAUGAAGUAUUGUGUCGAUAUGAUCUCUAGCGAAUGUCAAUGAAGAUUGUAUUUAUAGUUGACUGAGUAUCCUCUGUAGGCUCGUCAAGUCACUUAUAAAAAUAGAAGGCGAAAAUUCUAGCUUUGAGAUGAGUAUCAGUUAUUUAUGACAAUCAGGUACAUCACUUCAGAGUUAUGAAUUAAAAAUAUACCUUAAGCGAGAAUUGAAAUCUCAGUGGUAAAACUACACUAUGCUGACGAUAUUAAGCGAUUAACGAAAAAUAGUUAGUCAGAAUGCAGCUUCCACAAAAAUAAUUAAAUUACAGAGGAUUCGGAGUUUUAACUCCAUGAAUAGAUCUAGUGGUACCAAGUACCUGGAAAUUACAGUCAUGUAAUCCAGCUAGACCAUAAUUCCUAGCUUUAUAUCUUUUAAAACCUAACUCCUAAAUUUUCUUGACCCUAGCUCUUCAUUCCACAGGAAGAUGAUCAUCCAGUUUUUUGGAAACAUGAGCUAUAAUGAAAAUCAAGAGUUUCAGGAGGAAAAUAUCCGCAUUAGCGUUUUAAAUUCGCGCAUCGAAAAAACCUAAGUUUGAUUAGUCACUCAAGGCCGUCAGUAUAGUUUUACAAUUACAGUCUUAUUAUUCUCUAUACAACUAUUCCGGUCAUUAAUUGAUAAAGAUAGUAUUUUAUCUUGAAAUUAGACAACUAUUAUACUUCUACUCGCGCAUUAGUUUUUUUAAUGCCCAAUCCAUCACAUUUAUGCACACAGCACUAAAAGAUAUUUCGCACAAAAUAAUAUGUAGACACUUUAAGGAGAGAAAUUGGGUGGUAAUGUCGUAACUGACCUGUGUUAUGCUAAAGAGGCUAAAUGGAUAAUUUACUCACGAAACUCACUGCCAUAUUUCUACCGAAUAUAUGUUGAGAGACCGAUACAUUAACUAUUGAGUAAAUAUUAUGUAUUAUGGAAACCAUGAUUCUAUCGUUUACAGAAUAUUCAACCAUCAUUAUGUAAACCUGAAUUACUUGCUAAACAACAUAAUUAAGAUGAAAAUGAAGAUCAUAAAACGUGGUCGUUAUAGAUUCCUCCUUGCCCGUUUUAUCGAAAAUAACUUUAAAAUUUAGUCUUACAUUCGUCAUUUCUCACGAAAAAUGGGAGAAUAUCCUAGCAAUAUAGUCAUAUUUCACUUUUUUGUAAAGAUUCACAUUGGUAGAUCAAUUACGAUGUUUUAUGUAUUCUUUGGUUUCAGCUGAGGUCAAGCGCGUUGGCGAUAUUAUGUUUGGUCUUGCAACACAAUGUGUUCAGUCAAAAAAUGUAAAUAAAACAUCACCUCAAACACUCUCUAAUCUUUGUCUUAAAAUCAAUGUUAAAUUAGGCGGUAUCAAUUCUAUUAUCGUUCCAAGCGUCCGACCUGCUGUUUUCCGUGAACCAGUUAUCUUUCUUGGUGCAGAUGUUACACACCCUCCAGCUGGUGAUAAAACUAAACCAAGUAUUGCUGCCGUUGUUGCUAGCAUGGAUGCACAUCCAAGUCGUUAUUCAGCUACUGUACGUGUUCAAUCGCAUCGUCAAGAAAUUAUACAUGAUUUAUAUCCAAUGGUUAGAGAUUUGUUACUGCAGUUCUAUCGAGCUACUCGUUUCAAACCAACUCGUAUUAUUUACUAUCGAGACGGUGUUGGUGAAGGUCAAUUUUUAAAUGUUUUAAAUCAUGAACUCCGUGCUAUCCGUGAAGCAUGUGUCAAAUUAGAAUUAGGCUAUCAGCCUGGUAUUACUUUCAUUGUUGUGCAAAAGCGGCAUCAUACACGUCUAUUUUGUGCUGACAAAAAAGAUCAGAUGGGUAAAUCUGGGAAUAUACCUGCUGGAACAACAGUUGAUCAAGUUAUUACCCACCCAACGGAAUUCGAUUUCUAUUUGUGUAGUCAUGCAGGCAUUCAAGGCACUUCACGACCUAGUCAUUAUCAUGUAUUAUGGGACGAUAAUAGAUUUAGUGCUGAUGAUAUACAAAAUUUAACUUAUCAAUUAUGUCAUACAUAUGUACGUUGUACUCGUUCUGUGUCAAUUCCUGCUCCAGCCUAUUAUGCACAUUUAGUUGCAUUUCGAGCACGAUAUCAUUUAGUUGAAAAAGAAAUAGAUAGGUUAGUUUAAAAAUGAUCUGAUUUCAUUAUGAUUUAUUUUAUUGAUUUGAUUAGUUACGUUUAAUCCCUGUGGUUACAUUAUUUCCUGGUAUAAAACUGUUUAAAUGCUUGUUUAUUUUGUGAAAUCUCUUAAUACCGCUGUUCGUGGUGACCAGCUUGGAGCAACAUAAAUUCUGUCAUGACAGUUUAUCUAUUCAGUAUUAACUGGAGUUCUGUUUUAGGGUUAAUAAGGAGUACGUUACCAUCGGGAUUGAUAUUUUUGAAUUUUUUUCAUCUUCAGUGAAAGGUCAUCGCUGGAAUUGCUUGCUAUUUAUGAGAUAAGCUUUACUACCGCCGUACUUCAACACAGUCAGCAGUAGGACUUCGUCCUCAAACCUUGAGUUUAGUCUGUUUUUAGUCUUACCAUUACUCAAUCGAUCUGUUGAAGUGGUAAAGCCUUAAAAAUUCAGGUGUCUUAGCUCGAUUGUCUCUUCACUAUAGACCAUCUCGUCGGAAUCGUCAAGGUAUUAACCAUAGUCAAGAGUGCUGUUUGAGUCAUGUCAAAAAGAUUGACAUUUUCUGUUUAUGCUGAUUCAUCAGUUCGGUUAGACUUUAAUAUGCUUAACAUGGUAGCUCAAAUAUUUGGAAAUGCGAAAUAAGGUACACAUGAGUUUCUUCUAGAAAAACUCAGAAAAUAUGAAGCAAGAACGAUUAAAAUAAGAAAUUCGAACACUCAAAUGAAUAAUAAAAAUAAGUCUGUAGACUAAGUAUUCAUUAUAAUUUGAGUAAGCUUAUGUUUCCUACUGCUCAUUCUGCACACUUUCAUCUUCCAAAAAAAAAAUUAAAAAAUUCUUCCCUCUCGAAUCAUAAAAUUUUGCAAAGAAUUGAUCUAAAGGUCUGAUCCACAAGGCAGUGAAGCAACGUCUCAUGGUAGCCGGUGAUCAAUAAUUGAUUCAUAUGUCAUUCAAUCGGGAUCCUGGAGCCCAUGUGACCAUUGGUUUGGAGAGGUAGAGUUUCCGUAUCCACCAGACCGGUUGAAGCACUGGACAUUCGCUUUUCGUCCUCUCAAUUUCAUAUACAGCACCCCCGUCGCGAGAAGGCAGUGAGUAGGACUUUCCUGACAGUGGUUUUAUGCACAUGGUCAUGUGAGAGCCUUUCGAGUGAGAAAAGCUGACUCUCCCCACUCUCGGCCGUACCAGAGCAUUUGGGGGCGACAAAUGUUCAGUCUCAUUAUCAUCAAAAAUGAUUUUCCGCUUAAAACUCAAUCAAAUGCAUAAACAUUUCACAAUGUGUGGUUCUGCCACAUCUCAGCCAUUAAUUGUUUUUUUUGUAGAUAUCUAUUUUCAUCAGUCAUACUGUAUAAUAGGAACUAAAGAUAGCAACAACACACUCCAUUUCUAUGUACAUUCAAGACAGAUAUUUUACUAUCAUCGAGAUUAUUAUUAUCUCAUACUUAAACUCCUUGUCAAGUCACUAAAUUACGCACUAUACUGAUCAAAAUAUCUCACUUAUUCUCCUUGUGUUAAUGGAUAAAUGAAGAGACCUUUUCGGAUGCUAUCAUAACACUUAUUCUUGUCAAAACAGUGAUUUUUCAUAAUCAGGAAAUUAGACAUAAUCGAUUAAAUUACUGAGAGGUUAUGUGUGGUUGACAACAGUCUUCAGCUUACAGAUCAUUAUUGAGUAUUAAUAUCUUAUCAAUUUAGUUUCACACAUAUCUCGAAUUCAAAGUCAAACUUUUAGAAUAUGAAUACCACUUCUCUCCAUAGCCCCUACAUGGUUCACUUUAAAGUUUACAAAACUUGAUUAUUAUGUUUCACUCAAUUAUUCAACUAAAUUAUAUAUCGGUAGUCCUCCAGUGAUGUCAAUUGUUUCUUAUUUUCAUUUACUAUUGUACAAUCUGCUUAACGUACUUAAUUAGUAAGUAUAUAAGUAACAGAUUUUUCCUGGUCCGUAAUAUCAUAUCAAUAUGGGCAACAAUAAUGUCAUAGAGUGUAUUCUGUAGUUUUAUACAGGUCUGUUCCCCCCUCCCCACUCUUUCCUAUUGUUAUAUCAUAGUUAUUGUAAGUAUGUGAUAAAUAUGUAACUAUUAACAUUUGUUUAAUGUUUGAGAUCAUUUUCAUUAGUAUUUUGUAUUAUCAUGCCAAUUACAACAACUUUUCGAUUUUAUUUUUUAGUGGUGAAGGAAGUCAAAAAUCAGGCAAUUCAGAUGAACGUACACCUACGGCUAUGAUGAGGGCUGUUACAGUUCAUCCGGAAACCUUAAGAGUCAUGUACUUUGCCUAAUGUUUACAAAUGUGAAACAAACUGUGAAAUCCCCCUCAAAGAAAUUUAGCUCUCAUUCAUAUUGUCUUUUGCUAAAACAAACGAGACAACCAAGGCAAACACAACUGACCUACAAUAACCACCUCUCAGUUGGCAGCUGUAAAAUGCAUUGUCAUUUGUGUAUAUCUUUCAGGUUGCUUUUUUCUUUCAAACUGCAUUUCUGAAUACUAUGUAUUUUUAUUUACUUUCCUCCUUAUGUGCCAACCACUACUACUUUCUUUUUGUCGAGGGGAGGACCAUUAGAGUCUUCUUUCAUUGUAAUAGUUUAUUAAAUAAUCGUAGCAGUAAUAAUAAUAAUAAUUAUUAUUAUAGUUGUUAUUAUUAUCUACGUUCAUCUUGACUUCUUUGUUCUUUGUGGGCUGUGUUUUAAUAAUCAAUGUUGCCUAAUAGAAUAGUACUGGUCGUUAUAAUUACCAGUACAUAAAUUUAUACUACUACUCAUGAUAAUAGUAAUACAUUUUGUACAGUACAUAAUGCAUUAAUUUAUGUAUUAUUAUUAUUAUAGACGUUAAUUAUAAUUGCUACUAUCAUUAUUACUUGUAUGUAUCGUUUAAUUUGGUGUUGUACUUAAACUUAUCACGCUAUGAAUAUAUUUACAUACUUUUUUUCCUUCUUUAUUCACGACUCCAAAUAUUCUCAUUUUCUUUGAGCACCGUAUUUUCAAAUUAAUAUGCCCAUAAUUAGUAACAAUGCUGAUGAUAAUGAUAAUGACAAAUAAUCAUUAUCACAUAUAAUACUUUCAUAUAUCCCAAUAAAAGGGAAUUAUACACUCAUUCUCCUGACCAUUUUAUUGCAUUCUAUAAAUAUUUGGAAAAAAUAAUAAACAUAUAUAUUAUAGAAUAAUAAAUGUUAAUUCUUUUGUUAUUUCCUACUCCCUCCUAGUGGAGGGAGUUCAUUGUCAAUCUGGGUUAACCGUAUCAAGUGUGAUGUAGACAUUGUGAUUCUAAGUCACAGUGAUUAGUGUGAUGGUCGUUUUUUUUCAGAAGAAGAAAAUAACGACGACCCAAGUGUAUAUAUUUAAUAUGAUCGAAGCACUAGUCUUUCAUUCAUUGGAUUAGGAAACGAACUCUUCGACUACCGUAGUCUGAAUAAUAUCAGGCUUGAUAGUAAUCAUAUACUUUAUACCCUAGUAGAUUGACAUUAAUGAGUGACAGAAUAAAAAAUUCAUAGAAUAAAGCGGAUUGAUUAGAUAAUUAAAGGAUAAACAAAUCAUAGAUAUCGUGGACAUCAGUGCUGAUAGACAUAAAAUGUUUGAUUGUAUUUUCGUUAAGUUCACUGGUGACAUUCUGGUACAGUCGAAUAAAUGAAGAUUAUUUGUCAAUUUAGAUUUUCAUUCAUUGUGUUCAGUCAGUUCUCUACAACGUAGUACCAGGCAUACAUACGCAUCGAUCCAAGUUACAACAUCCCAUUAGCACAACAAGGUGAACACCAAAUUCAUAGAAGUAGUUACUUCAAUGGUAGUAAUAUAUAAAACGAAGAUCGCAUAUAAAGACAGUACAGGAAGAAAGAAUUAGUUCGUAGAUAGAAAGGUAUAAAGUAAUUUUAAUCUCAUAGUUUAAGGUAAGGCAAAGAGUACACACAUACGCCAUUGUGAUCGAUUCAGAGUCAUGUCACCCAGAGUCUCCAACCACUGGUUAGGAUAGUCGUACGGACCCCAACGAAGUAGUUUGCAUCUGCCAAUAUCGCUCAGACCAGAAGUCAGUGACUAUGGACUAAUGCCAUAUUUUGGUUUGGCCGCCCCUAACUUCCAUCUUUUCCCAACACUAGUCAGCAUUGCGCGUCAUGGUGAUCGGUGUUCAGGCAUACGCGACACGUGGCCCAACCUUCUUAGUCAAUGAAGAUUCACAACCUCAUCAACUGAUUUACCAUCACUCCUUAAUACCCUACGUCUAACCUCACUAUUACUUACCCAGUGAUCCCUGCAGAUGCGAACAAUAUCUGAGAUGAAAUACUAGUAGUUUACGUGUAUCUUCUAUCCUUAAUGGCCACGUUUCGCAGCCGUAAUUAGAACAGAACGAACUGCUGCAUAGUAUACUCGUCCUUUAAUUGACAGACGGAUAUCUCGCCUCCAUAGGUCACGUAAGUUGGCAAUACCGGACGAGCCAUUUGAAUUGGUACAGAGAUUUCGUCAUAUAUCAAUACAUUAGGGCUGAUCAGAUCUCCAAGAUAAGCAAAGUUGUCAACGCGUUCGACUACUUCACUCCCUAUCCUUCACUGUCUGAAAUUGAUACAACGUGAUUAGAAG